UGUCACAUUUGGCUUCAAACGCUGUUUACUUAUUUGAGAUUACUGAUUAGAAAUAAGUAUUUAAAGAAACAUUAUAUUAAGUUCGAUGAUAUUCUACGUAAGAACAGCUGUAUGCUAAAUUUUGAACGAAUUAUUUUUCGUGAACAAAUUUUAACUGAAAAACCUCAACUAUACACAUCUUUAUCUUCUGCCGGAGUUUUGUUAUAGUAUCGUCCAAGAAUGUUUUUGAAUAUUUUUAUCAUUCUCAUUAUUGAAAUCACAUCUUCUUUUGGUGGCUCCCCCUGCAUUCCGAGAAAUCUAAUUUAUCCUUGCAUAUGCACAAACGUUCCAGUGGUGAGGAAACAAGUUUCCACGGUAGUGACCUGCCAUAGUCUCCGAAACUCAGAUGAACUCGCCCAAAUCUUUAAUUCACUCAGAACCAUAGAAAUCGAUAAAUUUCUUCUGUAUGACUCCUUCUGGGAAGCUCAUUUGAUGGGAGACGCUGGAGAUAGCAAAAAGAUUCUACCUGGAAACUGGAUAAAGUUACUGAAAAUUAAAGAAAUGGAAAUUGUUGACACCCCUUUAUCAAGCAAGUUCGCCUGUGGAAAAUCUACCAUUUGCAAAAAUACAAUAACAAAAAGAUUAACGGCUGUAAACAGCACUUCCUUUGAGGAGGCUGAUAGCUUAUGCCCCACUGGAAAAGGCGAUUUCUAUCCAUGGACCAAUUGCAUGCACAAUUUAACAUAUUUUCAUUUCAGUCACGGAAAACUCACUUCCUUUGACAAACUUUUCCUGCUUCCAAUGGAGAACUUAAUUGAAUUAAACCUAACUCACAACAGGAUCACAAAGAUCGAGCCAGCCGCCAUGAAAAAUCUUCCAAAUCUCUCAAUCUUGGAUCUCUCGCACAAUGUUAUAGAACACUUAGAUGGAGUGUUCGGAAAAGAAAUAAGGAUGAAUUUAGUUUUCUUGGAUGUAAGCUGGAAUUUUAUCAAGACUAUCGGAGACAAAUUUUUUCCAUCUUUGCCACGUUUGAAACAUUUCAAGGCAGAAUACAAUAAGAUAAUGUACUUACAAAAAGAAGAUUGGAUAAAUGUUCCAAAUACUUUGAAAAUUAUCAACCUCAAAAAUAAUGAAUUGCAUUGUGGCUGCAACAUACGAUGGAUCAAAGACAAUUUUCCAAAAAAUGCCGCACUCUCGGGCCUAUGUGCUUCACCAAAAGAAUAUAAAAACAGCUUCUUGAGAGUAGCAAUUAACGCAUUGAACAUAAAGUAUGAUGAAAAUUGCAACCUGAAAAGGAACACUUCUACUACUGUUGCUUUUUAAAAUACGUUGUUUUCAGUAUUAAAAGCUUAUUUUGUUUUUUCCUUUAUCGACAGCAGAAGUAUAAAUGCUGAAUAAAUCUGUUGCAUCGCGAACAAUA